CUCUUAUCUAGGCCUAUCGCAAUACGUAUUCUCCGAUAAAAAUUUGUUACAGUUGGAGGCAAAAUAAUAUUCGUUUCUCAACUUUGUGAAAGUGCGAAAGCCUAAAUAGUUUUUUCCAGUGUAAAUCAAGUUCCUAGUGCUAAUUAAAUAACAUUCAUCAACAAAAAUGAAUCUGUCCUGUACAUCUACAACGAUAAAAUAUCUAAUUUUUAUAUUUAAUUUCUUCUUUUUGAUAACAGGAAUUAUUAUUCUCGCUGUGGGAGCUACGGUGAAAACGGUUUACACGGAAUAUUCCUAUUUUCUCGAUGACAAAUAUUUUUCGCUGCCCAAUAUGUUAAUUGCGACGGGGGCCAUAAUAUUCUUUAUAUCGUUCUUCGGAUGUUGCGGCGCUUUUAAGGAGAGCUGGGUGAUGCUGAGCAUAUUUUCAGUGCUAUUAGUGGUUGUCUUUAUCUUCGAGUUUUCCGCCGGCAUCGCAGGUUACGUUCUGAGGGAUAAAACCAUUAGCUAUUUGGAAAACACGUUACAAGAAAAUUUAAAGAGCUACAAUAGUAGUACACACGAUAUUUGGGAUCUAAUCCAGUCGAAAUUUGAGUGCUGUGGUGCGACAAGUUACGAAGAUUGGUCUACCGUUUUAAGUGGUUACCAGUUACCUGUUUCGUGUUGCCCGGAAAAAUCGGGAACGACUGGAGUUUUCUAUUGUAACAGCUAUACAACUUCAGCGACAACGACCUCAACGACGCAAAGCAUUACUGAAGGUAGUUCAACAACAUCUGUUUCUACGUCUAGUACUACUGAAGCUGUUUCAAGUACAACGGCCGCUUCUACGACUAGUACUGCUGAAGCUAGUUCAAGUACAACGACGGCUUCUCCAGCUAGUACUACUGAAGCUAGUUCAAGUACAGCCUCGGUUUCUACGUCAAGUACUUCUGAAAGUACAAUUCCAUCUAGUACUGCAGAGCCGAAUCCUCUUCCUUCUGGUCCAGGACGUAGGAGAAGAGACGUUCUUGCUGAAGAUCCCACCCCAACCACGCCACCACCUGAAUCCACAAGUACACCCUACCAAACCGGAUGCGCAACUGCUUUUGGAAGUUUCAUUAAAAAACAUGCUGUUCAAAUUGGCGGCUGCGCUUUAGGUCUAGCUAUUAUUCAGAUCUUAGGUAUAAUCUUCUCGUGCUACAUGGUGCGCCAACUAAAGAACAGCUACUACAGUACUUAAAAAGAAGAAUCCCAAGAAGUUUUAAGUUAUUAUUGUUGAGUCAUAAAAUGAGGAAUAAAUCUAGAUCUAAUAAUGUUAUUCUUCUUGUUAUCUCCAUAAUUUGAUACAUACCAAGUGCCACGUUUAAACAACUUUAUAUUAAAAUAUAAAAUAUCGCUCUUCUUUUAUGCACAAAUUCUUUUUUUUUGUUCCUUCUUUAAGUAUUAUUUAUAUAUUGUAAAUAAACCCUACGUUAUUGUUUAAUUUGUUAAGUUUUCAACUUUAAAUUGAUAUAGGAAUAACUGUUACUUUUAAAUAAAUAUGACCAAAUAAAUUAAAUUAAGCUAAUAUAUAAGGUUUUAUGUUUAUAUUACAAUUAAUUAUAUACACUUCCAAUAUAUAGUUUAAAAA